AUGGGACAUGAGGAGCAAGGAAGGACUUGGUGCAUGGACGCAGCUCAACUGGACACGCAAAGGAAGAAGGAGGAAGUCAUCUUGAAGACCAGCUCGACCACCUACUCGACCAUCCGGUCGAGUUCCUCAACUCGACCGGCCAAGCUUCAACUCGAUCGAGCUGAGAAGUCAACAGUCAAACCCGAAAAAUGUUGCUUCCCCCUUGACUUCCCUUUGACCCUAAACCUAAUCCUCUUUGCAGAUGAGUUAGUGUUCCAAUGCCGUUGGAAGUAUGCAAUUUGGAUAAGCCGUUUAGGAGAUAUCACGUUUGUACUGAAGACUGGUCCACAGCCGGCCGAACGCACUCGGCCGGACAGGAAGGGAAUUGGCUUCGCUCGGCCUUCUCCAGGACCGAUCCGGCCGCACGACCGCACCGUCCGAGCCGGGAGGCAAUGGACCACGAUCGACCGAGAACAUCACAUCACGGCCGACCCCGACGGCCGACCAAAUCCCUUGCACGGUCGACCCGAUCUCCGCGAACAAGAAGCCCACUUAUGCAGUUUCGACUAUUCUCAGCCCGUUUAA